UUUCAUUUCCAUUUCGACCCAGUAUAUAAUUGCUGUCACGCUAUUCAAGAAAGAAGAGAGGAGGAAAGUUUGUAUGGAUGCGAUAUUUGUGCGAGUCUCCAUUGAGCUCUUUUUUGGAUUAUUUUGCUUUCUACAUCUAAUCUUCCAAUAACUGCAUCCAUCCAGAAACAAUUCUCACCUUCUACAUUCCAUUCAUUCCAUUACAAACUUUCUCUUUACUUAACCUCGUUCUUUUUUUGAUCCCUUCGUCCCAUCCCAGGGUCAUGUAUCCCUCGGGCCAAAACUACUCAACCACACAGACUGCUGACAUGGCGCCUGGUCUCACUCAUUCUGCAAUGACCACUCGCAGUGAUGUGAUGGACCUUGACUCACAAACAUUUGAAACCCAUCGCUAUGCCCGUCCAGAAGACGAUCGUCUUGUACAGCAACAUGUCUACCAGCAACAGAUUCAGCAAACGCAUCAACAAAACUUCCUACAACCACAACCACAACCACAUUUACCAUCUUAUCCACGUCGUCCAAGUUUUUCUCAAGCUGCAUCACCUGGGCAGCUGCAACAACUUCAGCAGCAGUUACACCAGCAAUAUCAGGGCCAACAGCAAACAUGUCCCCAAGACCUGCGUCAUCCCGUCAUUCAUUACCAGCACCAGCCCCCACAUGGUCAAGUCUAUAACCAGCUCCAUCCUAUGCAUCAUCCUAUCCAGCAAACAUGGCAGGCAACUGAAACUCACUCGAUCACGCCUGCGACUGGUCAGGGACAGAGCCAGACGGCAGAGACUCAGAUGCCUAGCCUAGAGUUCUCAGAUGUUGGCAACUCGACCACCUCUCGAGCCAUGAAUGACAAUGCUCACGCUAGCCACCUGGUAUUUGCACAACCGUUGCCUUCGCCUUCCAUGGCGCCAAAGGAUAUAGUAGCUGUAACAGACAUAGAUAGUGUAGAGUCCACGGACAGUGAUUAUUUUUUAGCGUCUGUGCUCAAUGUAAUCAGGCCUGUUGCUCUUCAGCCUGUGCCUGUGUACGAUUACCACUCAGAGUUCACGCAGCGUCAGUGGGUCACAAAGGGAGGCAAUGGUGAGAUCCGAAGAGCAUUUUGGCCCCUACAACAAACUAUUGUUAUUCUCAAGCGUCUCAUAGAUACAAAGCAAACAACUGAAAAACUUGCGAAACUGUUCGACAAAGAGGUUGAAGUCAUGAACCAAUGUAGGAACCAUGAAAACAUUGUCCAAUUCUACGGGGUAGCUAUAAGAAAUUCCGAUGAUGAGAGAAACGGAGAGCGCUUCAUGAUCAUGCAGUUCUACCAACUUGGAGAUCUCGUCAAACUGAUGGAAAUGCCCAAUAAUUCAUUUGAAGCACCAACACUCAACGAUAAAAUAUAUCUGGCCCUCGACAUUGCUAUGGGACUCGAUCAUUUAUUCAAAUGCGGCUUCCAUCACGGGGAUCUUCAUCCCAAGAACAUCUUGAUCGAUAAAAGAAGAGAUCCUACGCCCCAACAGGGGCGAUAUCUUGCAAAAUUGACUGACUUUGGCUUGCGACGUUUACGUGACAGCAAGAAGGCAUUCUCAAGUCAACAGUUUGGAGGUGUCUGGCAGUUUAUAGCUCCGGAGCGCAUGUGCAAGAACAGACCGAGGUAUGAUGUUCGCUGCGACAUCUUCGCCUUAGGUGUCCUCUACUGGUUCAUUAUGGCUGGACGCUAUCCUUUUAAAGACCCCUCAUUGUUUACGCCUGGAGCAAGGGAAAACAGGGUAGAAGGCACACCUGAUUGGUACCACGAUGUAUAUACAAAGGCAUGGGAUGAGGACCCGAAUAACCGUCAACAGGAUCUGGAGGAGAUCAUUCAGGUUUUCCGAUACAAUCUCGGUAUUCGAACGCCACCACCACAUUUCCUGAACCCUUCAUAUCCACACUCACAUCACCCACAUCAACAUCAACUGCCUCAGCACGCAAAUAUACCAUUACAUGAGCACCACAACUGCUCUACUUUUCAACCAUCUUAUGUGACCCACGAUGGUCAACAACACCCCCAGUAUCAUCAUACCGGAAGUUCUGCAGGUGGAUCCACAAUCCGAGGCUCACCACUGUUAACACCUGCAUCCAUGUUGACACCUACAUCACUAAAUGGCCCUGCAUCUCCUCAUCCUCCUUCACCCCUGUUUUCCAAUGCAACACUGGCGCCUACCUCCUCCAUGACGCGAUCCAGCAAUCCCAAUCACCCACACUAUAGGAAGCCAUCUGUUCCAAAUGGCCAACCCACCAGCAUCUUCCGUACAUGAAGUCGCGACU